AUGGUACACAAAGUUGUUCUGUUUCUCCUCCCUUUUGUCCUUCUCUUUAUCAUCAAUGGCCAUGGAAGUUUUGCUAGAGACAUGAAGAAAUCUCCUGAUAGUUCUAAUACUGCAUAUCUUGAUGGAUGGUUGAAAGAUACCAAGGAUCAAAAUGAAAAGACAGUCCAAAACUCUAAUCAGGUUUACCUUGAUGGCUGGUUGAAAGAUAGCCAAUCAAAGCCAAGCCCUAACUCCAAGCAAGUUUAUCUUGAUGGAUGGUUGAAAGAUGGCCAAAAAGAAAAACUCAUCCCUAAUGCCAACCAAGCUUACCUUGAUGGAUGGUUGAAAGAUAGCCAAGCUGAGAAAGCAAAAUCCGCCCCUAACUCCAACCAAGUUUACCUUGAUGGUUGGUUAAAAGACACAAAUGGUCAAAAAGAAAAAUCCACCCAUAACGCCAACCAAGCUUACCUUGAUGGAUGGUUGAAAGAUAGCCAAGCUGAGAAAACAAAAUCCACCCCUAACUCAAACCAAGUUUACCUUGAUGGUUGGUUGAAAGAUAAUAGUCAAGUUGAGAAAACAAAAACCAACCCUAACUCCAAUCAAGUUUACCUAGAUGGCUGGUUGAAAGACAACGAAGAAAAGUCGACCCCUAACUCCAAUCAAGUUUAUCUUGAUGGAUGGUUGAAAGAUGGACAAAAAGAAAAAUCCUCCCUUAAUGCCAAACAAGCUUACCUUGAUGGAUGGUUGAAAGAUAGUCAAGAUGAUAAAGCAAAAUCCACCCCUAGGCCUAACCAAGUUUACCUUGAUGGCUGGUUGAAAGAUGGCCAAGGAAAGUCCAGCCCUAACUCCAAUCAAGUUUAUCUUGAUGGUUGGUUGAAAGACAACCAAGCAAAAUCCACCCCUAACAACAACCAAGUUUACCUUGAUGGAUGGUUGAAAGAUGGCCAAAAAGAAAUAUCCACCCCUAACUCCAACCAAGUUUACCUUGAUGGUUGGUUAAAAGAUAACAAUGACCUAAAGGAAAAAACUAUCAAACAGGCUUACCUUGAUGGUUGGCUAAAAGAUAGCCUGAUUGAAAAAACAAAAUCGACUCAAGCUUACCUUGAUGGUUGGUUGCAAAACUCACAUGCAGAAACAAAUGAUAAACUAUCUUCUAAAGUUGACCAUACAGAGGCACACAAAUUAGCUUUUUUCGCUCUUGAAGAUAUAUAUGUAGGAAAUGUGAUGACCCUAUCAUUUCCUAUUAGAGAAUAUGCUAAUUUCUUGCCCAAAAAAGUAGCAGACUCCAUUCCUUUCUCCAAGUCACAAGUACCAAGCCUUCUUCAACUAUUCAAGCUCACAAAGGAUUCUCCCCAAGGUGAAGACCUGAAAGACAUAAUUGACCAAUGUGAAUCUCCACUGCAAAAAGGAGAGACCAAGGCUUGUCCUACUUCUUUAGAGUCCAUGGUUGAAUUUGUCCAUAGUGUCAUCGGUACUGACACCAAAUAUAAUGUUCUAACAACUCAAUGGCCCACAACAUCAGGUGCAGCUUUGCAGAACUACACUAUUUUGGAAGUCUCAAAGGAUAUCGAUGCUCCUAAAUGGGUAGCUUGUCACCCAAGACCUUAUCCUUAUGCUCUCUACUAUUGCCAUUAUCUAGACAUAGGGAGCAAGCUCUUCAAAGUUCUUCUAAAAGGUCAAUAUGGAGACAUUAUGGAUGCUUUGGCCAUUUGCCACAUAGAUACAUCUGACAUGCCUCCUAAUCAUAUCAUAUUCAAAUAUCUUGGAAUGAAGCCCGGGGACGGUCCAUUGUGCCAUUUCUUCCCUGUAAAGCACGUUGUUUGGGUGCCACUCCCAUCAGAGGCCUCCAGCUGAAAAGAAGGGAACUAACUUAUGUCUUGGUUGAUCAUAUUUCUGUGUCAUUUUCAAUGUUUCUCAUUGUGUUUCUCUGUUGUUAAGUUCUAUGUAUUAUAAGGACAUGUUUCUAUGUACUAAGUAAGACCUUGUAUUGGGUACUAAAUAAGGUAUUGUCUCUAUGUACUAAAUUAGUUUGGUUAAAAUAAACAUCGAAUUUGUCGGUGUGAAAGAUUGAGUUGCCGUCUCUUUAAUUUACUCUUUCAA